AUGGCUAGCUUGACUAAAGAAUAGAUUUUUAAAAAAAUAAUUUAGAAUCGCGCCUACAGAGAAUAAAUACUCGCUGAAGAGCAACCAAAUUUUGAAUAAAUUAUUAAAUAAAUUAAAUAAGAACAUCUGUAAAAGUAAAAAAAAAAAAUAGAUUAAUCUUAAGAGGGUAAGAAAAGCUAAUAAGCUCAAGGUGACUAGUCCAAUGAGAAUUAGCAAAAAUAUUCUGAAUUGAUUGAAAUCUGGAAUAAUAUUAAUUAACAAAUUAAUGGUCUUGAUGCAACAAAGGUAAAUAUUUCACCUUUACUCUAGUUUUUCCACCAAGCCUAGGCACAAAUUACCUAAAUGACAUCUACUGAUAUUUAAAGAUCAAAUGAAGCUUUUAAUUCCCUUUAAAGUCUAAAUAGCUCUUAAUUGCCAGAUAACAUUGUAGCUCCUUAAGUCUCCUCGGGAUAGGCUAAUACAUAAAUUGCCUAAAUAUAACAGUAAGCCAAUUCAGAAACCCUCUCUAGUAACUAGACCAUAAACUUUGAAGGAAGUAGCAGUGAAUCUACUUUUUAACUAGCCUAAGCCUAAAACAAUCAGCUUAAUUAAUUGAACUUAUUAAAUGUGGAGCCAAUUCAAAAUGCUAGUGAUAUUAGCAAUUCCUCUUAGAAUUCCUUAAAAAGUCUCAUAACACAACUAAAUGCAAGUAAUGUUUAACCAAUCGAAGAAGAAAAAAAAGAUGAACAAAAUUAAUCUGAACAUGAACAUAGUUAAACUCAAGAUUGA